GUUGUCCGACGGAAGCAGAGCAGUACCAGUUUCGCCAAGCGUUAAAAGACGGCGACAUAGCCCUCACGGCUAGUCCCUUCAACGCGCAAGUGGAACAUGGGAGCGGUUUUCUGUUCAGGUACGGAUUAGAGCUCGUGCGGGGCUUGGCCGGUGAAGUCGGAAUAUCGCGCAGUCGUGGGCGCGUCACUUUCAGUCAGCGCGACGUGCCCUUCACGACCGUUGCUGCGCUGCCGAUACUGCGCGAGUACGGUGUUCGUUUGGUCAGCAUCGGCGAGAAUAUUUUUUCUUCGGUCCCGAAAAUUCCGGCGCCAAUUUUUCUCUGGAGAGAAAGGGAGCAGACGAAGAAAUUACACGGCGGAGUGAAAGCUGAACAGGCUGGCCAAAAAAAAUCCGACACGGACGAGAAUGAGCAGGGAUUCGUGACUAUUUGGAACCGAAAUUAUGGGAACUUCGAGCUUCUUCCCUCCGGCAAAUGGGAGUUCACGAGCGAGCCCUUCCUUCUGGCUGACACCGCCUUGGUGAUCGCCUUCAAGAACGAUAAUCAAGGCCCUUUCAAUGCGACCGAAGUGGAGCAAAUUUUCGGUGCGUUACAAAUCUUCUUCCCGACCGCAGCACGCCUGGAAAACGGGAUCGUUUCGACCAGUUACGACACUUUUGCGGAAAAGAUUUGGCCGCGCCGGCACUCGCUUCCCGUAGUUUCGCGAGAAAUCGGGGACAUCUGGCUUUAUGGCGUGCAAAGUGACUUCUUGAAGUCUGCCAGCACACGAAUCGUGAUGCGCGAGGCUGAGAAGUUCAUUUGCGGGAAGACCUCGCAAACAACUUCUACAGAAACACAACCAGGUCUAGAAUUCGAUGACGACGGGGGCGAGGCAAAGUCGAAACACGACACCACGUCCUGUUUUGACCAUUUCUAUUUCAGUAAAAGAGUCGCCGACCUGCAAAAAAACGACCCCGCGCUCUGGCAUUUCAUGCGGCUCUUCAUUGGCAGCACCGAGCACACCUGGGGGCUAGCAGGUAACGCCCGGGUUGAGGCAGCGAACAAAACAAACUUGUGGAGCAAUGCGGGUUUUGAUAACGACCGGAAAAGCAACAAGACCUCUGUCUUCAACGAAGUGGACGCCGCCUACCUAGAACAGCGAAACUUGCACUUGUUCUGGCCGUUGCUGCGCAUUUUGAAACGGGACGCGCAUCCACUGGGGGAUAUCCUUCUAGAGCGCCUACGAGCUGAGCUUGGGCUCUCCCUGGACGAAGAUCUUCACGUCGGAAAAGGGGAAAGAACAAAGAGAACCGAAGACGCCAGCCAGCUUGGCGGGCCGUCAGGGGAACCACGCGCGAAGAUGCUGCCGCCCGCAAAGGACAUCUUGUUACGCGCGGACCUCAACGCGCAUUUUUGGUCAGAAGUCACAGUUUCCACCCAAUCUGGUGAACUACUACCCGCAGCCUUCUCGGUGUUGAUUCCAGAAAGCGAAUUGUUAGCAUCCGGCCACCUCGUACUUCGAAAAAACUUCAAAAAGACUUCAAAGAUGAGUUCAGUGCGAGUUCAAUACGAACGCCGACAAAAUCCUAUAUUUAUCAUAAAGUCACUUGACCUGUUGCAAAAUCGAAGAGAGCCAGCGUUUCUGUCGAAAGUCAGCUGACUUUGCGUGGAGUUUGCAAUAACUCAAAUGACUUUUUGCGGAAUUUGCACCAAAAAAAGUCAAUUGACUUUGUGCUAAUUUCAAGAAAAGCCAAAUGCCUUUUCCUGAAUUCGGCUCAUUUCACAGACAGGCAGCAAAAGUUUGAAGAAUGUGCCCAAUUUUUUUGCAGAAGUCAGUUGACUUUUCUGGGAAUUAGCAUAAAGUCAAUUGACUUUUUUUGAUGCAAAUUCCGCACAAAGUCAUUUGACCUUGCCUGGAAGUUGUCAAAAGUCAGGCGACCUGUGCCCUUUUUGAAGUCAACGGAUUUGGGCAAAUUAUUGAACUCGGAUUAAACUCGUAAUGAGCUCGCUUUUGAACUCGUGCUCCGGUCUUUUUGAAAACUCUAAAAGUACGAGGUGGUCCCGUGCUAAGAAUUGCUGGUCUGUUUUGAUUACCACGGCGCGUUGCGCGGGGUGUUUCAACAUCGGGCAACAUCGACUGGACGACAGACAAGUACAGAAGGAAGCAAACAAUACGAGCCAAAAAUCUGCACGAAUUGUCCACCCGAACUUGAGCCGGGGUACAAAAUUGGGCAAUAUGUUUACCAAGCGUUGAGUGCGGCAAACAUGACACAGUUUGUCGAGGAAUUCGGGACCACCGACGCUUUUGAUUUCAGCAAGCCCGGGCUAAAGAAGCAUCAAGCAAAUUACACAGAGUACUUGCCGCGCGUGCGGGAAGUGAUUGUUUCCAUCGACAGAGGCGGGAGGGGUAGCACGAGCAAGGAAGCAGAAGACGAAAGUGGUGAAGAGGAAAAUUAUGGGACAUCGACCACAAGAAAAAAGAAUUCCAUCACGCUUGUUUUGGACUGGGCGGUCGACUGCAAGUUGACAAUGUCACGACAUUGUCUCAGAAGCGACGCGCCUCUUCCAUUCGAGGAAUACGGGGCGCCUCAGCAAGUCGUGACGCGUUUCGCAAUUUCAAUUCCUGAAAGGUUUGACAAGAAAGCGGAUACGGCUGCGGAAAAAGCGCACAUCAAACAAGACACGGCUGCCGAGAUUAAGCUGGAUGUGCUUCUGCAAGACAAAAGACCGACCCGCCUUCCCGAGGUUUCCUGGAUUCUGUUCUCUGCGGGGGUUCCUACAGUGCAACAACAUGGUGCAAGCACAUCACGCUGCCGGGGCCGAAAGUUAGGCCGCUACGUGGACCUGUGUGAAGGUGGAGCUGACGACAGUACUAUUCCAGGCUCUUUUGCUCUUGCAAGUCCGCACCAGCACGGAGUUUACAGCGAAAGGCCAGAGAAACAUCCCGCGAUCGUCUGUGAAAGGACGACCGUAGAGCAGGCCGCCAGUUCUGACACGACCUCCGCAAAAGUUAAUAGCUACCACGCACUCGGCGUGUCUCCACUGCACACAACACUUGUAGUGUUGUGGGACAAGAAGAAGGAAACGGCAUUACUUCCGCCCGCUUUCCCGACCCCGUAUAAUCCACCCGAAUGCUCGCCACGAUUCGGCUUUGUCAUUCACGACAAUUUGUGGAACACAAAUUAUCCAGCCUGGUACCCGAUCGGCGGCCCUUUUCGCGCAGAUGAAAAAAGAGACCAAAACCUCCGCGCAUCCUGGCAAAUUUCAACGCAAAUAAUCCACGAGGCGGUCGGGGAAGAUGCAGCAGUUCCUGCGGAACGAAAGCUGCUGCCCGACGGUAAUAUGGCGGACACCACGGCGGUCUUUGUGUAAGGGAUAUACUGAGAUUAACUUUAACAUCGCCAAAAGCAUUUCGCGAUUUUUCGUUCCAUCUACAAAUAAAAGUUUCGUUUCGGACGGAUCCUAUUAUGUUUCCAAUGGCGUUGUACAGCAUCGAGUUACAGGGUUGCGGACCUACAG